AUGCUUCUCGGUCUGUCUGGGUCCUUCGGGUCCGGCAUUGCUGAGGUCGCGAUCUUCCUGCACCGCCAUUACGGCUGGAAGGUCCUGCUGCCAGGGCCAGCGGGCGACUCGCCGACACCCCUGGCCACCCCGGAAUAUGGGGGCUCCGCCGAGACCAUUUGCCUGUCGGACCACGGGGGCAGCGGCGGCCGCGUUGGCGGCGACGGCGGCGGCGCCAGUGCCCUGGCACUGUCGGACACCGAGGGCCCGGAGUGCCCGCUGCUGGCGAGCCUGCGGGAGCGCUGCAUCGAGGCCGGCCUCUCGCCGGCCACCCUCGCACCCGAGGAAGCCCUGCGCCAGGCCAUGUCCCACACCGGGGAGCACUUUGUACUUCUGCCGCUGACCCGGCGCGAGCAGCUGGACCAGCUCCUGGGCCGGCCGGCCUUCUCGCUGCUGAGCGUCGAUGCGCCCACCCGCGCGCGGUUCCGGUGGCACUGCCACACGGACGGGCCGCUGGAGCUCGGCGACUUCCUGGAUCUGGACGAUGCCCUGUCCUUCGGGGGAAACCCGAUCGCCUGCCAUCCAUCCGGGCAAAUCCGGGAGAUCGCCAAGCUGUCCGACCACCAGAUCCUCCUGCCCGAGGCCGGGGCCGAUGGGCCGAUGCUGGAGCGCCUCCUGCGCAUGGAGUUCCCCGGGCUCCUCCGGCUGCCCGAUGCUCUGUCCAGGACGUCGGCCAGCAAGGCGGCCGGGCCGGAUCUCCAGCCGGUGCCGGCCCCCAGCAGCCCGGCCGGCGAUCAGCACAUCCAGUUGGCCAUUUACUCGGACCUGCCGCUGGCAACGGUCCCGGAGGAGUUGCUCUUCUUCGCGCGGCUCACGCGCGCUGUGGCCCAGCGAUCCAACUGCCUCAAGCGCCGGGUAGGCUGCGUCAUUGUCCGGGGCGGGCGCAUUGUGGCCGUCGGGCACAAUGGCACGCCGGAGCGCCUGCCGCCCUGCUACGACGGGGGGUGCGACCGGUGUGCCGACCAGCAGAUCAGCCGCGGCGAGGCGCUGGACAACUGCGUCUGCCUGCAUGCCGAGGAGUUGGCCAUCAUCGAGGCCGGAUCGCAACAGACAGAUGGCUGCGUGCUCUUUUGCACGACGUUCCCGUGUGUCGGCUGCGCCAAGCGCAUCAUCCAUGCUGGCAUCCAGAAGGUGUACUACCUGGACGCAUACAGCCCGACCGACGGGAAGUCCGAACACCUGAUGCGCAUUUCCGGGGUGAAGAUCGCCCGCUUGAAAAUCCCGGACCCAGUGGUAACAGCACUUGCCGAAUAACAUAGAAAGCACCGUCCGAUGCGAA